AUGAAAAUGAAUACGAUAACAAGUGAAUUGAGUAUGCACGAUUUAAAUGUGAGGUUUUUUGAGAUAAUGCAAAAUGAAAAUAAUGCGGAAGCUGCAGCAAAUUAUAUCUUCGAUGCUGUAUGCGACGAUGUGACCCUAGGAUUUGCUUUUGAGUUCCACCAUGGGCUGAAGACUGGUUUGACUGAAUUGAUGGAAGGUGAGAAGGAAGAAGAGGAGCCUUACAAAAUAGUGAGCACACCAGAAUGUGAUGUCUUUGGUUUCUCAAUGAUGAAGAAAACACCUGACUCAAACUGUUCCUGUCCAAACUGUGAGAGACCUGUUUCAGCUACAAGAUUUGCUCCUCAUCUAGAAAAAUGCAUGGGUAUGGGCCGCAACAGUUCACGCAUAGCCUCCCGUCGUAUCGCCUCAAACAGCCGCGAGCCGACCUCUUACGCGGGACUACUGAGUGAUGACGAAGAUGACGUUGACUGGUCCGGAGGCUCCAUGCAGAAUGAGCGACGGAAACGCAGGAUUAAGAAUAACAACAAUAGGAAACCUAAUAAAGUGCAUAAGCACAACAACGGGACGCAGAACUCGGACUCGAACGACGGCGCCACAUACGAAACGAUGAGUGCCAACGAGAAGAAGAAUCUGCUGCAGCAAAUCUGCGGCGUCGUUUCCGAGCACACUAAGAAAUUAUGCACUAGAUCUACACGCUGCCCGCAACACACAGAAGAACAACGGCGCGCUCUCCGCAACAGUGUUCUAGAACCUUCCACCCCAGAGUCUCAGACUAUGGGUCUCACCGCUGAGGAGGCUGGCUCCCCUCCCGACUCCAGCCCUUCAUCCUCCUGCUCCUCAUCCAGCCGCAAAAGGGACCGCCAUCGCGCCCAACCAAAAACCAAAAGCAAGAGAGAAAGGAAUAUAUCACCUAACACAAGGGACUAA